GUCCCAAUUCACGGGCGAGACGUCAAUGAAAGCAACUGAACAGUGCUUAAAGUUUGACCGUCCUAUUUGGACACGUUACAUUAAAGCCCUCUUUAAAAGGUAUAGGCCUGGCCAUCAAGUCUACAGCUAUUACAUGUACAGUACUGAAAAACAUGGUGCGACUAACUCUCAAGAAGGCUAGCAGAGCUGUUAUUGUUGUUGCAACAAUCUUGACUGUGUACGGCAUUUAUCAAUAUGUUGUGGAACCUUCAUCAGAUCGAGAGAGAAAAGAACUUAUGGUGGCAAUACAUCCGGAAGAAAAGCAUCCAGGAGCAAUGAAGUAUGGUGGUCAUGAUGAACAUAGGCCUAGACAUGUGCCUAAAGUCAUAGAUAAACUUCAGCUUGGGCAUAUACCUAAACUUAAGCCUAGACCUACGCUCAAGUCUAAGCCUGGACCUACGCUCAAAUCUGAGCCUAUGCUUAAGCCCGAGCCUAGACUUAAGCAUGUGCCUAGGGCUAAGCCUAAGCCUCAGCCACAACAACCCAAACGUCUAGAAGGCAAGAUAAAGAGUUCACGUAGUUUACAGAUGGAGAGGUCCCACAAUAGGUCAGUCGCAAGGGCAGCUGAAUUGAGUAAUUUGAAGGAAAAUUGCAAAAAGCAUAUGGGUCACUAUGGGUAUUCCAUUACCAAUGCCUUGAAGACCAAGAAGGGAAAACUAGGAUAUUCGCUGGCAUAUGUGGACUCACACCAUUUUAUAAUCAAUAUGGUACCGUUUUCCGGUGACAAUUUCUGGAAAAAGCUGGUGCUGGGCGUGCAGGGUUACAAGAACCCAGCCGCCGACCGGAUAGAAAAAAUGCUAAAUCACAUGUCGUCCCUAGACAAGUAUGGGUUCGCCGAUCGACUUAUGUCCCACAAAAAGGUUCUUUUGAAACGAAACCCUCUAAAGCGAUUGAUUGCUGCUUACAGAGAUGCGUUCGAAGGCAAGUUUGUAAGAACUGAAAUUCAGGAAAUACGAACCAGUAUAAACGACUUCUUGAAAAUUAGCGAGGACCCCUCAAAACCGGUUACAUUUUCAGAAUUUGUCAGCUAUGUUUCGUCGUCUUUAUCUCAUCCAACCGCUGAACGAUUAUGGGGUCCAGUCGCCAAGCGGACCUUGCUUUGCGACAUCGAAUGGGACUAUACUUAUUGCGUUGACAAUCAUUAUGAGGAUUACAGGCAAAUAAGAUCUGCUUUAAGAUUGUCUCAAGCAGUUAAUACUCCGCGUCUGGACCACUCAACCAUUAUUCCAGAUAAAAUAGUACGAGAAUAUUUUACAACAGUAGAUAAUGAUAUUUUGCAAAGGUUCUACACAACGUUUGAAUUAGAUUUUAAGUUAUUGGAUUAUAAAAUGCCAAGUCUGUCUGAGACAAGACAGGAGAAUGGACUUGUUUGAUUCAACAAAUUUAUAAAGAAUGUUGAUACCAAAUAGCAAUAUGGUACAGACCCAAACAGACUUGCAAAAUACAAUUUUUAGUUCAGUUAAAACAUGGAAUAAUAUAUCAUUUAAAAUUAUCAAAUGCCCAAUGGCUAUCUAGGAGUUUUGAAAUGGGGAGGGGAGAGAGUGGGUAGGGCUCGAUAUGAUAUGAGGUGAUUUUAAGUAUUUAGGCGUAUGCCUAUUUUUUUUCUUCGGACGUUUUCAUUUUGGGGAGGACUGUGGUGUAUGGAUCCCGUUUUCUUCGCACACUCCCUAGAUACGCCACUGCAAUGCCGGUUAAUAUCAAAUUUGUAUCUCCACCUAGAUCCAGCCAUUGUUUCCCACAGCAUUGUUAUUUUUUAGUAUUUUGCCUUUUAAUCUAUAUGUUAUAUAUAUAUUUAUAUACGACUAUAUACUACCAUAGUGGGAAACGAUAACAAUGGAAAGGGUUAGAAA